GAAAUCCAAUUAGAAGAGAAACAGGAUGUUAACAGAGAUAAAUGUAACUUUUGCAAGUUUUCUUCACUUAACAGUUGAAAUUAAAAUGUUGCGCUUUGUAAUUUUACUCUCCUUGAUAGGAAGUCUGUACGCUCUGUCAUGUCCUUGCUGGGAAUGGACAGAAAAGCAAUUAAAGGAAUAUUGUCCAGACAUUUCGACAUGUCCUCUUGGUUUAACUCUCGAUUCUUGUGGAUGCUGCCAAGAAUGUGAAAAGGCCUUAGGUGAAGUGUGUGGAGGACCUUGGUUUACUUCAGGAAAAUGCGGAGCCGGAUUAAGAUGCCAAACUGACGACGGAAACGAAGUAAGUGACGAAGAUUACCCGGGUACUUUGGACAGUGGUACUUGUGUUAGAGACACCGACUAAGCGUAAAUCUUUGAAAUUGGAGAAUAUCUAAUCUUACAAUGAAUAAAAUACGAAAUAUGUACUUAAAAAUGAAAUAAAAUUGAAAAUUAUAAUCAUUUAAA